CAGAUUCUCGGUGAUUCUGCCAAGCCCAUCAUAAGAUAUUGCUGACAAGCCAAUUAAUUAGCAUCGCGGUGGUGUCGAAACCUCGCGGACCAUUGGUUUAGCUGUGCCCUCGAGAUGCGGUGAUGGCCCUGCUGUACAGAUUCGCGCAGCUGCCUGACAGCAGCGGCACGCGGGUCUUCUCGUUCGUCGUCACCAGAAGCGUGGUACGCGACCCCGAAAGAGACGUCACCAGCAAAGAGCUCAUCUGCGGAUUCCAACGAUGGUCCGUCGCUCUCUCCAGAGGAAACAAGGUUCUAGGCGCGUAUCUGGUAUGGCGCGGUGCCUCGAGGAACCUGCGGGUCUACGUGGACUUCACGUUCACCCUGCUGAACCGGGAACACUUCUCGAUGAACGAGGGCUUCUCCGGGAAACGCGUGAAAUUCACGUACGAGGCGCCCGCCCAGGGCAACCGAAACUACAUCCCGGUGUCGGACCUCUACAAUCGGAACUUCGCCGACACGAACGGCGAGUUCCAAUUGGAAUUGUCAAUGGCGAACGUGAGGACGGUUUACAUGACCGACCUUAAGAUGCCCAGCAGCACGUUCCCAGCUGGGCAAUCGAAGCCGGACAAGCUGGAGACCGAUUAUUUCACGUUCGGCGGAUUUGACUGGAACCUGGUUAUCUACCCGCACGGUAACAAGGAGAUGGACGGUUACCGUGGCCACGACAGCGGCAUCAGUGUUUAUCUGAUCAGGAUGACUGGGUUCGAUCAUCGGUGUAGAGUCAGAUACAGCGUGGCCUUGGGCGAGGGCGAGCGGAGGAUCGAUUCCGGCCAGAUCGAGGACUUGUCCGACGCUGAGAGAUGCGGAUUCGGCUGGCAUCCUCGUGUCAGAUUGUCCGAGAUCGCGCACAAGGGUAUAGUGAGGGUGACCUUAGAAAUGGUCGAGGCCAGGACCAUCUGCGAGGUGGCCGUGCAGGCUUGGGGACCACCCGUUCUCCCGGCGACUCCCUGCUACGAUCGUGACAAGCAAGCCUGGACCAUACGCGCUGAUUUGCAUUCGGACACCGUCAGACUGCAUCUGGUUUACAAGGACAUCCACAACGUUCCGAGGAAUCAUUUACGAUACGUGAGCUGGUCAGCGUAUUUGCUGCGUGGCGAGGACCCGAGCGCGGUGGCGGUCAGUUUGCCAGGCGGCCCGUUCAGCCGUUACUACGCCCAGGAAUCCGCGGAUGAGGGCAUAAUCAUGGAGACGAAUCUAGAGACGAGCGAGGUGAAGGAAAAUCGAAGCCCGUUCCAAACGGACAAAGGCCAAUUGAGGAUCCGCAUCGAGUGGAACGAGAGCCACUUGCUGUUCCAGGCGACCUACCACAAAUACGACGACGUGUACCGCAUCCACAAUCAUCAGAUGCGGCUGGAGAUCGCCUCGCUGCAGGCGGACAAUUACAGCCUGGAGAGGCAGCUGUUCAGUUAUCAGAAGAGCAUCGCGUACACCCAGGCUCAGCAGCAACAACAGCAGCAACAUCAGCAUCAGCAUCACAAUCAACAACACAGCGGGCAUCCGGCCCAUCUGGAGAGGUCCGUCUCGACAGACACCGAAUACGCCUGACAAGUGGAACAGGAGCUGAACGAGUUGCCGCCGGUCGCCGCGACCGGCUGCCGUCGACAGUUGCCUGUCGUGAACGAAGACGACCACCGGGUCCACCAGAACCUGGUCCGCAUGAUGGACCGCCGCCUGAGCAACGUGCAACUCCAGCAACGGUUGUACGGAUCGGAAUCGGACGAACCGAAUCGAUACGGUGACGGAUCCCAGACCGGCGAUCAGACCACGGAGCAACGUCGACGCUGUCAACGUCCGAGCAUCGUGCAGCAGCCGAAAUCGGCCAGGUCCAGCGUCGGGAGAUCGGACAGCGGAUCGGACCGCGGCAACGACCAUUACGCCGGCUAUUAUUUGGGGUACGUCGGUCAGGCAGCGAACAAAAGGCGUAGGACCACUUUCUGGGAGACCCUGACAGGGCUCGUCUGCUCAUUGGGCGCUUUGGCUUCCAGGGCUGCGAAGAUGGCCACCAGACGGGGCGAGCCGCUCUGAACACAGCUUUGCACACAAGCGCGCGUGGUUCUCGCGGACCAGCGGACCCGUUUCGAUUUCGCGUAAUUUUCGGAUGCACGAGAACGACACGCUAGUUGAAAAAGAACUGGAGGACUGGUUCUAACGUUUCUCCCGGGAUCGAGGAAACGGAUGCGCUGCGCUGUUGAGAAAUUUUAUGAGAAGAACGAAGUGACGAUUGUGUCGUCGGGUUGGAUCUUUAGAAACACUGAAACCAUCAGGGACUGACUUACACGCGUGUUUCUGUGGACUCGUUUUGCGAUUUGAAACCGAGGGGAGGAAACGAAGUGACAAUUGUGUGACACACACUGAAUAAGAAGGAAGAGUAUUGUGGGUCAGAAUAUUCAUCGCGGCUUAUCGGAGUAUCUCCAGGAACAACGGAACGGCAACUUCGCUGUUAAAGAAGAGAGUUUGCGCUAAGUUCGUAUCCGGAUCAGUGGCUUGCACGAUUCGUACAUAAAUCUUAUCAUUCUCAACGCGGGGAGAGUUGCCAAAACGUGUUUCUUUGCUCCACCGGCCGCGGAUAUCGCGCGAGCUCGUGACCAGAGUGCUGAUCAACUCGACAAUAUGACGGCGAGGCGAAAUGUAAUUCGCCUCGAGGACGACCGAAGAUCAUUGAUCACAUUCGCCCAUCCUGUCGUCGGCGAAGCAUAAUUUUGAGGACGAACAAGAACGAAGUGGGCGUGCUCCCGUUUUGAUUGAAGCUCCUCGAACGUCAAGUCAGCUCGGGACGAGGAUACUCCACUCUGCUGCUAUCCGUGCGGAGCUGCUCUUUCUCGAGAAGUCGAUAAUGAGAACCAGGAAGAGGACUGCGAAUCGAUUCGAAGGCUGGUUACGAAAAUUCCACGUACAUACGUAUACAUACACGCAUACACAUUUCAGCGGGAACCAAUCGAGAACGGAAAUCAGGAAUGAGAUAUUCAGAAGAGGAUACAAAAAGGAAACCAAAAAAAAACAAAAUGAACAAAAAAAGGUAACGAAAUUUCCCUCCAAUACGAAUUCCAAUAUAUACACGCGAUACACGAAUACAAUUCUAUCUAUACAUAUACUACUUUGUCAAUUUACUAAGGGAAAAAGAAAACAGAACAAAAAAUACCUAUUUUCCUCUAAAGACUUUUUUCACCUAUCGUCUGCGUCUUUGAUAAUAAAAGAACAUCCGUGCGCGGCGUAGUCGUGUGUAACAAGCGUAAUUAUGGUAGAACUACUUACAACUAAAACGAACGCAAGCAAGAAAUAAAAGGUUAAAUUAAUAAUAAUAACAAUAACAAUAAUAAUAAUAAUGAUACUAAUAAUAAUAAUAAUAAUAAUAAUAAUAAUACUUUAGAGUGCAGUCGAUGUUAACAUAAACCGAAAGUAGCGAAGAACGAAGGACUCGAUUUCUCGUUCAAGAGCGAUCGAUGUGGUACACAUAGUACACAAUUAUACACAUUCACAUUAUAUUAUAUAUACACACAUACACACACGUUAUGUACGCAAACAUUAAUGUUCAUACUCGACCAUCGGCUCUUUUCCAAAAAACAAAAAGACCAAAAGAGACCAGGGUAAAUGAAAAGUACACACACAACGCGAACAAUCCGUGUCAAACCAUUUUUGACUGUCUCAUCGCGUCGGCUUGCUCAUUACCGCGGCGAAGAGCUCGUUAAUUUCUUUCUAUUUAAUUGUCCAGUUCAACCUGUGAAAUCCCUGUCCCGUUUCGUCGGUACAUAAACAGUCUUUCUCCUCUAGCGAUUCCGAUUCACGUUCAAUAAAAUCAUUCUAUCGAUACUGCAGUCUAUUGUCUGAUAAAUAACACGGAAAUUAACGAAGAUUCGCGCGCGCAAACAAUGCACAAAACUACUUACACGUUUUACUGUACCUGUACCAGUAUAGUGUCAUCGCACGUGCGAGGUGUUCGACGAGAUAUUAUCACCCCUCGCUUCAAUCUCCCGUUCCUGGUGUUACUUUUGACCCUCGCAAGAUUCUCAAAUGGGACAGCCGCGAUAACUUUUCCCAUAAGUUUCUAUUAUUACAAAUGGUUUUUACCUGUUUUAAUGGCUUUAUGGUUUUUUGGUUCUGUAUCAACUAAACAAUGCGGUUUUGCUUUCCCGAUUCACUUCUCGUGCUUCGCAGCGGAUCCCUAACAUAAUUUUUUUCCACUUUGAUUCUUCUUGGAGAAGAAACAGACGACGACGAUAAAGUCCCCUUAGUCCCAAGCAAGCUUUACAGAUGUUGAUUCCCUCCUCGCUGAAACUUUUCUUACCCUAUACACGUCCUCUCCUAAAUUUCCUGAAGUGUCUCUGCGGCAAGUGUCUCCUGUCUUCUACAUCCAGUCAGAGAGCACGUCUACUUAAAAGUAUCAGUUCUAUUUAGUAGUAUUUCUAUCAACAAUUGAAACAGAGAAAUAUUCGAAAACUGUUUUGCGAACCCCGUUUUUCGAGGUGACGUACAAAAUACGUGCAAAAGUCUUUUCAAUCUUCGAUUUCAAUCAGAAGGAAGAAGAGAGGAAAGCAGAGUUUCCCAUCAGCGACUCUACACUUGAUUUUCUGGAUCCUGUUUUAUCGAGUACCCGUCCUGACGCGGCGUUCCAUUUGUAAGCCCCUCGUAUUCCAUUCCUUUUCCCAUUCCCAACUCGAAGUAAUUCUAACUAGGAAGCACAUGUGAACGAUAUGUGUGCUUGUAUCGUUGCUGCAUUGCUAGCAGGACGAUCGAUAACACCAUCGUUAGUCCGCACACCGCAUACACGUUUAAUAGACUAUCAUGAAUCGUCGUGUACCGCGCACGUGUGCCCGCUGGUGAUUCGGGCCUUGCUUGUACACACGAAAUCUCCUCGGUACCCCGCGAGCCCUGAUUAAAAGCACUGGUACGAGAUUCAAUGGCUUUCUAUGCUAACGUCAGAUACUCACUAUUAUACAGUUCGCAGUUCUGUCUGUUGAUUUCAGUUUCUCAUCUCUUUCCAAAAAACAAACAAAUCAAAUCAAAGUAAGAUGUAAAUUACAUUAAACGUUUUAUGACUUCUACAGUUUUUAAAUAGUUUGUAAUAUCUUCAGUAAUAAACGUAUCCUGACUGAUAAUGGCAGCAUUACAGACAUGACACAUAGUAUGAGUACUAAUUUGAAAAAUCGUUAAACAGGAGGACUUUGAUACCUUUUAUUAUAUGAUGAUACCUUAUAAUUUCAUGAUCUGAAGUGGUUUAUCACGAGUGGAUCAGUCGGGUAGUGCUCAAGUCGUGAAACUCGAGCCGAUGCUUCAAUCAGAUACAGUGGGCACCGAUCGAGGAAACGAUAAGUCGCAUGAAAGUUGUAUCCCUCCUCUGAACUGAAGUAGCGGAGUCUGUACACUUUGUAUAUAUAUAAAACUGUACUAAAACUGUUGACGAUUUAAAGAGUGAAUAUUCGAAUGGGAUAGUUGUGCCUAUUAGUACACGCGAGAAGGGAGGAUUUCAGAACGGAUUGCAAGAUCGGUCACGACAUCCCCUAUUAACCGUUCUCCAGUUCAACGUUCAUUUUAUCAACUUCUGACCCAGCAAUCGUAGUAAUCUUUACCGCGUAUACCGUGUCGCCUUAUCUGUCCUAGUUGCAAACAUAAUGCGAGUUAUUUACUUUCUAGAUUAUAUAUGGCUCACAUACCAAUUUGCGAUAGAGUAUCUCCCCUGGCUCUUAAAGUGACUUACGUGCGGCAUAAUUUCGUCGACGUUGUGAAUUAAGUAUUCUUAUCUCUAUUUAUGAGUCGAGCUUAGAGCUAAAUUGAUAACGUGAGACGAUUCACGCUAAUAUAAAUAACAGAGCUCGCUUGAGUCAUCUUGCGUCAAUCGAGCUGAAGAUUUAUUCGAUCUUCAGGGUUUUAAGAGCAUUAAUCGUUCGCCAAGACUAUUUUGAGAUUUUUUAUCUAUUUUUCUUAUUUCGAGUCGCAGCUUACAUGAUCCCUGAUCUGAUCUCUCCAUGGCAAAAGCUCGACGAUUAAUUCGAAUUGUAUAAUGGAAUUGGGGAAAAAGGACGAAUGUUUCGAUCUUGCGAUCCUCGGCGAUCCCACGCCCGUCAUGGACAAGGAUCUUAUGUGUGUUUCUCGUUUCUGUAAUAGAGAAGAAAAUGAAGAAAAAUAAUAGGGGAAGCGGUUAUUUCGUGCAGCGCGCGCGCUUCCCAACAGUAUUCUUGAUUCAACGUUUUCUUAUCUUAUUAUACAUGUACGGUCGUGUGUAUAGGAGCACCGAUACGCGGCGGGAGUAAUCGCGGUCGGUGCGAUCGCGGAACUGUUCAGAUCUCCCGGCUGAUGGACAACGAUCCUUGAACUUGUUUCUGGUCGUCACCCUAAUUACGUAAGAUGAAAAUAAAAAGAUAUACAUAUGUGUAGAAAUGAGGAACGAAACGCGAAUCAGAACGAAUCGCGAUUCGUUUCGAGCCUAACGAAAGACCAGACCAAGUUGGAGGAGUUUUUUUAUCGGAUAACAAGCCGAUCGUAUCUAAUGUCAUUGUAUUGUUGUGUAAUUUGUCAGAUUUUAUCGAUCUUAACCAUAAGCGCGUAAAAGUGAACAUGUAAGUACAUAUAUACAUGCUUAUUGUUAACUUCCAUCCGUCCCUCGCGUCCACCGGAAAGCAAUCGUUCCGAUUAUCUUUAAAUCAAUUUACUACAAGGAACACUCUCAUCCAGCGCACACACGAUUUAAUUAUCGGAAGACGAAAGAUUUUUCGUAAAUUCGUUUAUUUACUCAGGAGGAACGAACUGAUUCGAGGAAACAGAGAACGGAUGGGAGUUAAGGGAUAAAAUAAGCGGAACCGUUUACAGGACUUACUCUCGUGUGUCUCUCCUUGCCAGUCUAAAUGCUCUCCUGUUUCACGGUUUUCAAUUUUCUAUCGAAACGCUUGCGACAGGCGUGACAGCAGCUCUGACAAUCGCACCUAAUCCGAACGAACGAUUAAAGUCGGCGUCCGUCAGCGCGGUCGAUCCGCAACUUCUGUUUUCUCCGCGUUCAGAAUCGAUACCGGGAGCGUUGAGUAAUUUCCACGAGACCGAGUUGCAUAAAAGGACACGUGCAGAUUUCGAAAAUCGAUCAUUUUGGAAGAAACGCUCGGAUAUUUAGAAUACAGCGAAUACCGACGAUCAGGAUAGUCCUAUAUCGAUAUUCAGGGUACGUGUGGUAUCCGAUGGCUACAUAUUUUGGAUAUCUACAAUAGGGCAGACAUUUCAGCUACAAGUGGCAUCCCAUUGGCAAAGCCUUCGGUGGCCUGAAACGUCCCAUAGCACAACGCGUUCGCCCAAGGUUUGCCGAUAAACCCGAAAUAUUUCAUUUCGCAUCGACCCAUCGGAUUUUCCGCAUGGGAGUACGUUCUUUCCUUCCCGAUAACCAGAAUCCACGCGAUUUUAAUUAACGAAUUUUUGAAGUACAAUCUAAUUAUAAUAAUUCACGAUUCAAUUAUACUCGACGGAAAUUCAAAGUCGAUUUUCUCGAGGAUAGAUGAAAAAUAUUGAUUCCAUAUUUUCGACUUGUUCUCUCACAUACAAUCGCAAUCACUUCAGUACUACUGGAACACCCUGUAAGUUAUUUAGUACGAGAGUUGUGUGGCGAAAGGAAUUAUAUCUUCGUCUUUUAUCGUACACGUGUCGUCGACUCUUAAACGAGUCCUCGUGCACGCGCGUCGAAAUUCUCGUGCCCUCGAUUCGGUUCGGCAUUUCAGUCAAUUAAACUCACUCUCGCGUGAGCCGAGCCAUUCAUGGGCAUCGUGUCCGAGAAAAUACAAGCAUAAAUACCCAGCAGAUUCUCUAUGUAAACCCCUCUAUUAAUAGUAGACACGCAGAUAAUUUAUCAAGAAGAUUGGCUCGUGUCAGCCUCGGUCGGCUCCAUCCUUGAUUCUCUUAUUUCUGUAUCGUUCCAACCAUCUGUGCGUUCUCUUACUGUCUGUAAUCUCUUUUCUCUCUUGGUCUCGCUUCUCGAUCAACUCCUCAAUCGUUCCCCGUUCUUUUACGUAACGGAGGGUCAAUUGACCUUCGUGCAAAUCGAUACUCAAGUGACGAAUGAAUCGAAAGAUUAAUUUCGACGUUCUAUAAACGUUUGAGAUAUAUUCGCGUAGACUCCUCCGAGGAAAGGAUACGUGGACUUAUUCAAAGGUAGAGACAUAACAAGGUUCCACUGUACCUCGAAAACGAUGCUUGGAAAAUCUAUAAUAAAAUAGAUAACAGAAUGGAUAAAAAACGGAUUUGAAAUGAAAUGAAUAACUUGGACAUUCUAGGAAUUUGCGUAGAGAAUUUCUAAAAGGUCAAUUUUUCAAUUUCAUUGGAAACAUUUAUAUACGCGUAUACUUCCGAGACGUCUGUCUGCGCUAUGUAAAUGUCAGCUCCGCAUCCGUUCAUUUCACGAGCCGAUUCAAUAUCGCUCUUUCCCACUCCAACGUCGCAUAAUUAAUUUUUGUCCACGGAUAUCCCGCGUCUGUAACUCUGAACUCUCCGCCGACGGCAUCCGAGGCGGAACGUUAAUAUCGCUCUCACGUUAUCGGUUUCCUUUAAAAAUGAGAUAUGAAAUAUUGAAAACGCGGCCGUGCGACAUAUACGUAAUUAUUCAUUGAAAAAAAGUUCAUCGUGCAACUUGGGAAACUGAUGAGAAUCGAUAAUUAAUUCGAACCUAAAUAAACACUCGACUCGCGGCCAGUAUUUUUACUAUAUUCCACAUGUUGAUUCAUUUUACUCUUGUUUCCAGUUUUCCAUUUCCGCGAACGUUUGCACGUGCCACGUUCCGUUCGACCUUUCAGCGAAAAGAUUGCAUAAUAAUUCGCACCCACAGGUGCUGUCUUCGUUUCAAAUGACGAAGCCGUUUUACAGUGGAUACAACUUGAAUUCUGCAAAUUGAGAUUCGAGUCGACCUACUAGCUUCCUUGUUGUUUUCUCAAUUUUUUAACUAUUGAAGAGACGUAUUUAUCAUCGGUACGCGCUGACGGACAACGCGACGGCGCUAUAAAACAAUAUCGACUCCCUAGGUCAUUUUCGCACGUUAGUCCGCGGAUCGCCAAUGAGGCGAUUCCUGAUAUUUUGCCCCCGCGGUAAUUUUGACGUUAUAUUUUUCCCGAUGCCAACGCAGCGGGAGCGAAUGUCACGUUUUUUCUUAUCGUAAGGGUUCCCCCUUUUCGCGUUAGGCUUGAGGACACCUCCGGCCCGCCUCUUAUUUAUCAUCUUGUCCACGCUAGAUUAAAAACGUGAAAAACGAUGGCUACCUUCUUUUUAAAACAAGAUAAAAGAAUUAUGCGAACAACGACGCACGAAAUCGACGAUUCUCGGUCAUUUAUAUGUUUCUACGAUGACGCCAGUAGCUUUUCAAGUCUCCCCAGUUAGAAAAGCGAGGAACACAACGUCUGCUUACGUAUGAUUCAGAGAUAUGUUAAUUUCCGACGAUAAUAACUGAUAACACGAACAGGGGGAGUUCAUCGAACGAUCUAGUCAAGCGUUUCCUUUUCCUCGGCUUCUACGACGACCUCGUCUGACGACUUUUUUCGAUUGAUGUAUGUUCGUACUUUUUACGCACGAUGUAAACGCACCUCUCUACGCAACAACAUUUUUUCAUCCGUGUGAUCUACUUAAGAAAGGAAAAAGAAUUAAAAAAAAAAAUGAAUAAAUAAUGCGAACGCAAAAACCGUCACACGUUUCUCAGAGUUUUGAGACAUAUACUAAUGUACUUAAACCAUCUGUGAGUCUGCCUCGUCUUUUAUAAAGUUCUUGCUAUAUUCAACUGA